AAAGGCAAUAACCGCGCCCUUUUUAAGCAGCCACAAACUUUUGGCGCUUCUCACCUUCUGAAAUUUCACAACCCCCAGAGAACACGAAACGUUUCGUCAACAGAUGAUGGACUUCGAUAGCCUUCUCGACUUCGAGAGCGACGAGCCAGUCCUCAACCCCCCUCCUAAGAAAAGGAAGAAAGUUAUUGGGCUGGAUGAUCUUUUGACUGAUUUCUACAAGGAAGAAGGUAAACUUGUUGAAAAGGCCAAGGCUAGGAAAGCAAAGGCCAAGGCACGGCGGAACAAUGAUUCGGAUGAAGAGGAUGAACACAGAGAGGCUUCCCUCUCUCAACUUGUUGAUACGUGCGAAAACCAGAUAAUAGAAAUAGGUGGCAAGGAGGAUAGCUUUUUGUGGGGGAUAUGCGUUUUCGGAGACCAGAGAACCCCACCUCCCCUUGCUUUUCCUGAGCUGAAAAGUUGCACAGUCUUGCAGUCUUUCAUGAAAAACAAGCUCAAUUCUGAGUUUGAAAUCUGUACGGACAACGGAGACACUUUGCUAGAAGGGUUAUUAGUAAAUGGCUGGCUUUCAAAAGUGGUUCUUGCCAGGGGUCAUGUGGAAAAGUCUGUAGCCAUGUGGACCUUUAAUUUGAUGGCAUAUUCAUCAAAUGAAGAGUUGAGGACAUCUGCAUGUGACUUCUGGUGUGCUAUCCUCUCAUCCAAAAAUGAGGUUGAUCUACUGCAUGUUAAAAUCGAUUGGUUCCCUAGCUAUUCUGAGUUAAAAUUGGCUCUUGAAAACUAUGGUUUUCUGUUCAACUCUUCGAAUAUGGAAUAUGUUGAUUCCAGUUCUGGUCAUCAAGGUCCAGCUCAAAAUAUUAGAGCGUGGAUCAAAUAUGCAACUACUUCUUGUCAAGUGAGGAGCAAAACAGCUAUAUAUUUGACCUCGGAAGCAGAAGAGUUGAUGGAAGUUAUAAUUUAUCUGUUUUUAGACCGCCAGCUUCAAGGUCUGUUUGUGCUUUUGCAUGAAUGCUUGCAGGCAGCUAUCAGUUACUUCACAGACAAUGAAUGGGAAUCUAGCUGUGAGAAGAUAGCAAAAUCUCUUGCUCGCAGAAUCCCCAAGGAUGUGAACUGCUUAAGAAUUGUGGAAUGCAUUUCGGGAGCCAAUUCUCGCAGCAAGCUGUUUAGAAGUGUGGUUGCCUAUCAAAUCCUUCAUGGUUGUUUUGAUUAUAAGGCCCAGGAUGAAGUAGAGAUCCUAAAUUUGCUAGUCUCAAUCAAUGUGAAAGACAAAAACUGUGAUUUCUUCAAGGUGUAUGUAUACUUGGUGUUGACCGAGAAUUGGCUCUUGUCUAAUCAACUGAGUGAAGACAAGCAAGUAUUGAAUGAAAUGUGGCGCCUGUACUUACGAAACUGUUCUUGCCUGAUCGCCAGUACAGAUUUGAGAUCUUUUGCCUCUAAGGUCCGUAAUAAGGCUGCAUAUCUCCUGCAAGGCACCAUCACCCAAUGAAAUAUCAGAAAGUUGAAAGUAUGUAUAUCAUCCACUGGAAACUAAAAACAAGAGUAUAAGGAAGUCAAAUAGAUGCAUGUACUAUCAUCCACUCUUUAGUGAUGUCUGAUGGUUAAUCAUUAUGUUCUAUGAAUUUGUUCUCAGCAAAGGGCGGUGAUAGGAAGAAGCAGGUAGAACAUGCCCUUGAUUUGUUGAAGUGUGUAGAUUGCUAAUGACUGGGAGCUGUAUUCACGACUAGCUUUUUUCUGAGGAUGUAUUUUGAACCAUAAUGGGGCUUGCCUCUAGUAGUAGUUCCAAGGGAAUGUUCUUUUU